AUGCAACUCUCGCGUUCGGAAGCGUCACUGACGCGGGCGCCCGGAGCUGCGGGAGCUGCGCCGGAGCCGAGGGCUCUCAACGCGGGCGUGCGGGUGGGGCGUGCUGGUGGCCCUGUGCGCAGUGGAGUUGGAGAGGAGAAGCAUGAGGAGGUGCUUUGGAAGAUGCAGCGACAACUGCAGAAGGCGGAGACGAUGCUCUCAACCUGCAUGCAGACAGUGGAAGCCGCUUGGGAGAUGUCGGCGCAGAAGUUGGCAAAGUUUGACGAGAAGCUGUCCGAGUUGGAUGGCCGACUCUUGCUCCUCAAUGACAAGCAGCAAUUGGAUGCGGCCUCGCUGUCCGUGAACGCGCUCCCCGCAACGCCGUCCAUGGAGCCCCUCACUGUGGCGUCGAAAACCGCGCCGGUGCCCAGCGACCUGUUCCACCACAGUUCGCGGCUGAGUUCGCUGGAGAAUCGCGUCGUGGAGCUGCAACAGCGCUUGGACGCCACCCCCAGCUCCCACGUCCAGGAUGAGCGGAAGCAGAUGGAGAGCCUGGACUUCCUCAACCAUCGCAUCGCAUCGCUCUCCGAGCGCCUCAGCGCCGAGGCCAAGGUCCGCGAAGCCCAGUUCCGACGCCUGGAAGCGCUGCUGCUGAAGCCGGCGCCCGCGGCGCCCGUGUCUGCUUCGCCCCUGCGGGCGCACAGUGUGGACCACACGCAGUCGAUGCCUUCCCUGCCGAGCCGGAACCUCUUCUUGGAGGCGAUGGAACCCAAAGUGGAACCCACGGCAGCGGUCUUGCCUACCUUGCCUCACUCUGUUUCUCCGUCUCCGACCCGGCGGCCCUUCACGCCUCACGUGACGCCGCCCGGCGCGCGGCGCGAUCUGGUUCCCGUGGUACACGUGCCACGGGAUGCGCCGCGCACGCCGCGGUGCUCGCCGGCGCCGCCAUACAGGAGACCCUCACCCAUGCGAAUGGACGCAGCGGGGUAUACGUUGCUGCCGCACCACGUGAAGGCACAGCGGGAACCCAUCAAGGAGUACUUGGUGGCCAACCCUGUGCCGGUGCAGCACUUUACGCUCGAGACCAAGCGCUGA